AUGUCGUUUGAUCCUGUUCAUGAUAGUAUUGAAGCUAAUAGAACGGAACCUAACGGAACAAAAUCCCCAUCUGCUCCAAAGGGUGUAUCACGCACUACUUUUUUAACAUCUUUGUUAAAUCCGGAAAGUAAUGAUAUUACAAAGACCGAUGAAGACAACGAUGCCCAAUUCUCUGACUCUCCAUCAACCAAAAAGUCACAAAUUUCUUCUUCUGAAGACAUGGAAGUUCACGUUACACAACCAAAAAUUUCUGACCUUUUGACUACAUCCGUUCCAGAAUCCGAUCCUGAACAUUUAAAAAAGCCAUCUUCCUCUUCAAAAAGAAGAAGAUAUUUCAUAAAAGAGACACCACAAGAAACAAAAUAUAAAGAAUAUCAUGGAUAUCAAAAUCAAACUCUUCUGAUAAAUUCGAGGACCAGACAUUUGAAAAAAGAAGAUGGAGAGCCAUAUUGGAGAAGUGAGAUUCAAUUUGAGUUUUUACUUCGACUUUUUCUAAAUGACAAGAGAGUUUUUCAUAACCCAUAUUAUGGAACUGAAGAAGGCUUUGUUUGGCCGGAGCAUUUCAAGUUUGUUCGGAAGAAAAAUGGAGCUGUUGAAGAGAAUGAUGGAAAGAUGUUAACAUUUUUUGAGCUAUAUCUUGUGACAUUACUGAAAUCAUCAAAGGUCUCAAAGAUUUUAAAGGAUAGGCUUACCCUUGAUAUAAAUUAUGCGCUUAACUUUAGUGUCAUUUGCCUACUUGUUAAUGUUGGUAGACUUAAUACCACUGUUAACUUUGAUUAUGAGAUGAAAUCACAGUUUAGGACAUAUCAUCCUAUUCCUUCGCUGCAAGUCGGAAGUCAUCUUCCUGUUAUUGAAAGAUAUUAUCGUACGGAGAAAUCCAAUGCUAAACUUAGAAUUAUGGAAACUUAUCCUGAUGGCCAUGAUGCUAAAAUGAAUGCUUCAUCUUUUUUUUCGCAACACCCUACUGGUUUACUCUUAAGGCCAGAACAGAUGAAUGUUCGAGGAGGAAGUGGAUAUACAAUGUCUACUGUUAAACAACUUCAGGACACGCCCCGGAUCAAGUCGAUUUUAAAAUCUGUUAAUGAUCUCAAUACCAAAAUACCAAGGGGCUUUUCAGAGUUUAUUUCUGGAUCGUCAAAGGAUGAUGUAUUUGAUUUGAAUAUUAUAAGUUUGAUAUUUUUACUUUCGGCUCAUGAAGCGAAAAUUUGUCAAGCAUUCUUUCCAAUUGAUGUUUGUAAUAAAAGCAAUAAUGUUUAUGAUACAUAUAAAACUGCUGAAAGUCAGGUUGGAUGCGUUCAAGUAUUUGAUGAUGGCCAGUCAAAGUUUGAGCAUACAACAUCGCUUUUCAAUGAUAUCUGGUUGAAACCUGAAGUGAAUCCUGAAGACAAGGUUCAGAGAUUUUUGUGGUUAAUAUAUUUCUUCAAAGAAACUAACUGUGAUGUUAAGGCAAUGUCCCAAAAUCCUUUUAAUAGGUCUCAAGGUAUUGAGAAAUUUGCCACAAUGGGUGCUAAUUUUGAUAUCGCAAAAGGAAUUGUUAACGGUGAUAACUUUGUGUUAAGCAGAAUACGUGCUCUUGUUCCGGAUUUUCACAAGGUAGACGAAAAUCUUAUUCAGGAUCCUCUCCUAAAUGAUGUGGAUACAAAAAGUGAAAUAGCCUUCGGUAAUCGAAUGAAAAAAAUGAGAUUGGAAUUUGUUGAAAAUGAAAGAACUGCCAAUCACCUUCCCAAGUCACUGGCCAAAAAUGAAACUACAGUGCCAAAUGCAGAAGUAUCCUCGAGUACCUCUUCCAGUAUCAAUACGCAAAACCAUUCAUCCAAUUCUGUACAUCAGGCAACUCAAGUUUCGCCCGCCUCCUUUUCUCCGGCUUCUAAUACAUUUAGGUAUUAUAAGAGGUCCUCAAGCUCUGUUGUAGAACCGCAAAGGGAGUUUCACUUACCAUCAAGCUUUGAUGCGGAUCAAUCAGAUGAUAAUACGUCCAAAAGAAGAAGAAUACGUCAUCGAACAUCAGCUGCGGAUUUGAGAUUAAGACAGGAAUUGGAGGUAAUUUCCACAACACCAGAAGCAGGUUCUUUAUCACCUCAGGAAUUUAAGGAAAUUGAAGAAGAAUAUGAGAGGGAUUUAAGGCAUAGAAAGAAGAGAACUUUCCAAGUACCUUUACGGUUGGAUCGUGUCGAGAUGGAGAAAUUCCUGAACAGUGAAAUCAAGGCCAUUAACACCCAAUCUAAGAAUGCAACAGGAAAAAGGCAUAGGAAUAAUGUUUAUGCUCUUUUUAUUAAGGAUUUGUUGGACUAUAAGAUGGAGCAGCUUCAAUGCAGAAGAAUGAAAAUGGGCAAUAUAAAGGAAAUUCAUCAGAUUGACCCUAACAUGUUUUUAAAAGCUUCUAUAAAGGAGAUCUCAUCCGUGCAUCCUUUUGGCGAUUUUGGAGAAUUCAAGGUUCAUUAUUUCAAAGAGCUUUCUCGGAUCAACGAUGCCAUUAAUCAUCGGGAGUUAAGUAAGAUCUAUGACACAAAGACGAAGCACGAGCAGAUGCUAAGAAAUUUUAAAGAAAGCACAUCAUUCAUUGAUGAAGCUGUUAAAAAGUUACAUGGUUGA